AUGUUCAAGCUGCUUGAUAGUUUGUUAGUUGAUUUGUGGACACAGCGUUUCACCUUUGGCCUGAUGGGUCUGGAGCUGAAACCUCCAUCGCCUGGAGGAAGAUGUCAAGUGCUACGCUCGCCCUUCAUCUACAUUGUUAUGGUGCUUGCCACCAGUUUUGAAUUGUACACCGUUUGCACAUUUAUCGUGCAACAUUCGAGUGAUAUUGUGCUCUGCUCGGAGGCUUUAAUGCAUGGCAUUCAGAUGAUUUCCUCGCUACUUAAGAUGAGCAUAUUUCUAUGGAAGUGUCAGGAGUUAGUGGUGUUAAUUGCCGACAUUCAGCAGCCUUUUCAGCAACUGAAAAUCGAUCCAGCAGAGCUUCAAUUGUGGCAACAGCACAGUCGUCGUGGUCAACUGCUCUCGGGGAUCUACACAGUAAUGUGUGCCGGCACCAGCAUCUCUUUCCUGCUGGUGCCGCUUGCUCUGACCUUACAGCGGUAUCAGGCAACUGGACUUUUUCUACCGGUCAGUUCCUUCCGAGUCGUUCUGCCAUAUGACGUAACCCAUCCUGAGAUAUACUUCCUGGACUGUUGCCUCAUGGUCUUCGUGCUGACCUUCUUCUGCUGCUCGACGAGUGGCGUGGAUACACUCUAUGGCUGGUUCGUCUUUGGACUGACCGCCCAUUAUCGUCGGCUCGGUUUGAAGCUUCAAGGAGUCUUACAGCAGUCGUGCCCCACGGACAACUGGCCUUUGACGUUGCAACUUGAUCAGCUGUUUGAGGAUCAUGCACAGCUGUUGCAACUUGUGAAGCGCUUUGAGUUGGCCUUCAGAGAGAUCGCCUGUGUUGAGGUGCUGCUCAUCUGUGUGCUUUACUGCUCGGUGAUCUGUCAAUACAUCAUGCCACACACCAAUCAGAACUUUGCCUUUCUCGGCUUCUUCACAAUGGUCGUCAGCACGCAGUUGUGCAUUUAUGGCAUUGGAGCGGAGCAGGUGCGUCACGAGAACGAACAGUUUGCCCAUCAGCUCUAUCAGCUGUUGCCCUGGCAUCAAUUGACGCCACGUCAGCGUCGGCUGCUGUUGUUGCCCCUGCAACGUGCCCACAAGCAAACUCAACUGGGCGCCUACUUUUUUGUGCUCGGUCAUCCUUUGCUGGUGUGGAUCUUUCGCACGGCGGGCUCUUUUACAGCUCUGCUGAACGCUUUGCGAACGAAGAACGACAAGACUUAA